ACCCUCCCCCCCCACCUCUGUACAGAUGCUGGAGAAGCAGGUGGAGGUGCGUCAACGGGAGGUGGUGGAGCUGCAGAGCCAGGUGAAGGCUCUGGGUCCGGAGGUCAAAGACACGGACGAGGUGGACGGGCGGAGGCAGCUGGUGGAGACCAAGUUCCAGCAGCUGCUGGAGCCGCUGCGCCUCCGCAGGGACUUCCUGGUGGAGUCCAGGGAGGUCCACCAGUUCACCCGGGACGUGGAGGACGAGAUCCUGUGGGUCCAGGAGAGGAUGGCGGUGGCCACGUCCACCGACCACGGACACAACCUGCAGACCGUCCAGCUGCUCAUCAAGAAGAACCAGACUCUGCAGAAGGAGAUCCAGGGCCACCAGCCCCGCAUCGACGACAUCCUGGAGCGCAGCCAGAGCCUGGUGAAGGACGAGCCCCCCAGCGGGAUCCGGGGCCGCCUGGCCGACCUGAGGGGGCUGUGGGGCCAGCUGAUGGAGGAGGCGGGGCGCCGCCAGGGCCGACUUCUCCAGGCCCACCACGCCCAGCAGUACUACUUCGACGCCGCCGAGGCCGAGGCCUGGAUGAGUGAGCAGGAGCUCUACAUGAUGUCAGAGGAGAAGGCCAAG